GAUUAUGAAGUUCACCAUAAUCUUCUUUGGUCAUCGUUUGAGCCCAUCUACUGAUAUUGAUUCGUGGCUGCGUUUUGCGAUCGAAAAACAAGUGGAAAAGCUAAUUGUAGGUUUCGACUGUGAACCGCAUGGGGCAUACUUGGUUCCGCAGUGUUUGUAUUCAUGCUCAUCAAUUACAGAAUUAUCCCUAUACAAGUGUUCGUUGAAAAUCGAGAGGAAUGUGCAGUGGAAUCAACUCAAGAGAUUACACAUUUGGAAUCCGGAUGGGUCGAGUGGUGAUGCCAUGAACCAAAUUCUUGUGGGUGCUCCUCUGUUGGAAGAGUUGUUUUAUGGGACUUUUGAAAUUAGUGAAAACUUCAAUAUCCGAUCUACUAGGUUGAAGAUGCUCGAAAUGAGCAAGUGUAAUGUAAAGGCAGAGGCAGAGCUGAGAAUUUGGGCUCCUAAUCUAUUGAAGUUAAAAUUUUCAGGUGAUGUUUGUGGGAGUUGUUUGCUAUGUGUCCCUUCUUUGACUACUGCAACUCUUUGUUUUGACGACGACUCUAUUACUCGUGAGGACAUGGCGCCUCUUGGAAUGUUCCGUCAAGUUUUUCGAAGCAUCCGCCAUGUUGAGAAUGUCUCGUUAUCAAAUUGGAGCAUUCAGUUUCUUGUCGACACGAAGAAGAAGAACAUGCCUGUUCAAUUCCCGAAUGCUGAGUUUCUAAGACUAUGUGCUGUUAAAGACCAGCAGAUGCAUGAUGUUCUUGUUGUUCUUGAGAGCUUUCCUAAGCUCAAGACGUUAAUUGUUGAUCAGAAUGGUUAUAUGUAUAAUUCGGUGGCGUCUGAGAUGGAUUUCCGUGGUCCCUCUCUGCUUCAUCUACAGACAGUUGAGAUUUACAUACUUGGAAAACAAUUCUCAAUAUCUCCAUUGGUGGAAUAUCUGUUGGAAAACGCUCACGUGCUUCAAAAGAUGCUUCUUCGACCCUACAGAGGGAGAGAUGAUCAAGAGGCGUAUAUUUCAGCUUUAAAGGAACUCCUGCGAAUGCGGAGAUCUUCCCCUUACGCAGAGGUGAUUGUAAGCCCACAUAGCUGGGAUUUUGAAUUUUGAUGUCAAUUUGGGCCAAUCCGCUUUGGUUUGAACCACUCCUUUUUAUUUACCGAUG